GAGCCGGAGCCCCCGCCCGUCCGCGGCCCCUCAGGCUUUAACCUGCUCGGGAUGAGCUCGGUACUGACCCGCUAAAAGCCACUAUAGAACCGAGAAAGCCGCGUUACUUGUAAAGAGACAAUAAUGAACCCGGGCAGGCCCAGGCUGAAGUUAUAUCUUGCUAAUGACGCUACCCUCAGCUGACAGCCAGCCCCCGCCAAAUUAAUGCCCUGCCGGGGGGAUGCACAGCUGGGGAGAGCCUUCAUAACCCCGGCUGGCCGUAGGCUGCACCCGCUGCCCUUAGAAAUCCUCCUGCAGCCAAGGGGAGAGGAAGAUUUGUUGGCUGGGUUUUCUUUGCUGUGUUUUUUUCUUUCAGGGCAACUUCAGAAUUGUAAGUUUUGUGUGGUGCUCUCUGCUUUGUUUUCUUCUUGGUAGUGGGAAUUAAAACUUAUCUGGACUACUGUUUCGUUUCAUACUCGAGGUUUAGCUUUAGCUUACUGUCAGGUGUGCAUUACAAACAUGAGAGAUUAGUUUGUAACUUGGAACUAUCUGGAGCGCUUUAGAUGGCCGCAAAAAAAUCAGCUACUGACAGAUCUUGUAGAUAUACGCCCCAGUACGUAAAGUAAUGAAAACUAAAACCAUGAUUGGGUUUAUUUUUUUCGCGCAGAGGACUCGUCUACACUCCCAGAGUGAAAAAGAUUUCCAUCUAUGAUGACAGAUUUUACAGAAGAGCAUACGUGGUUACAAAUACAGCGUGAACUCAGUUUGAGAAAACUAACAGAGGGUUCAGAGUAUCAAGAGGAACUAAAAUAUGACUUCAAUAUAAAAGGGGAACUGAGGCACCUGGAUACAAAUGAGUCCUUUGUUUUCAAUUGCUACAAGAAUGGACAUGAGCAGAAUCAUAAACGCUAUGAAGUUCUGGGAUAUUCUAUUACCCAGUAUGUUUAUGAGCUCCUGGAAAGAGUCUGCAUGCUGCAGAAGGUUUAUAUUCCUACUGAUGCUACAGAGGAUGAACCAAGAAGCUUCUUUUUCAUGAGCAAGGAUGCAUUAACAAGUUCCUCUAGCCUAAUUAUCUUUCUUCAAGACCAUGGAGUUUUUUGUGCUGGACAGUGGGGGCAAAGGGCAAUUGUCAGUGAGGGCCUGAAAGAUGGAACACAAAUACCAUUCAUCAAAAUGGCCUUGCAGAGCAACUGGGAAGUGAUUGUACUGAACCCCAAUGACAAUUUCACUGAUCUGAACACCAAAAAGAGAUUUUCUGCCAGGGAAGAAGGGCUUACUUUUACACAGUCAGUCUGUUGGAUCCCCAAAAGGGGCAGCAGCAGCCCCGAAGAGCAUACCAUGUAUGUGUGGGAUCAUUUCAUUGCAAAGAGUGCAGCCAGGAACGUGGCCUUCAUUGCCCAUGGCUAUGGUGGGUUGGUGUUUGUUGAUCUGCUGGUGCAAAGGAAACAUGAGGUGAUGAAUAAAGUGUACUCUGUGGCAUUCAUUGACUCCACACACAACAUACAGCACCAGAGCAGACAUGAUGCAGAAAUACAGGAAUGGAUACACAAAAACUGCCGAGAAUGGGUAUCAAACAGUAAACCCCUAAAUAAAGCUGUGCACUUUCUCAUGAGAGUAAAUUGUCCUACUUUCUCUGCUGGAACAGAAAAGUAUGGUUUAGCACCUUCCUGCUGCUUACAACCCAUCUUUAAGUACUUGAAGAGCAUGCUGAAAGCCAAGAUCACAACAGCCUCGAGGAAUUCACCUGUUGCAACUAGAAGCAGCACAAGAAAGAAGAGAGGCAAUUAAUAAAGGUACACUGGUUUGUUCUUGA